AAAGCUGCGCUUGAUUUCAGCUUUCUUAAGCGAAUUUUAUAUUUUGCGAUUUCAUUUCUCAUUGUUUUUAUCAUUUUUAUGAUUCCGAUUUUAUUAUUUAUGUUAUCCUAAUUUGCGGGUUUAACCGUUAUCCAGGGAUUUUUUAUUCGGGAAAAAACCAAUGUAUUAUGUACUAUCAGCUGGACCUUGCAAUUACAAUUAUAUGAGUUUAAUCUGGGUUUUGUCUUUUGACUGAUCUGGAUUUGCUGAUGAUUUUGAGAAAUCUUUGCGUGUCUGUGACUUCUUUUUUGUAUUAUUCGCGAAGCUCGCAUUCGUAAUUGCAAUGGGUUCCACAAGUAAAUUAAAAACCAAUUUCGCGGUUUGCAAAAAAUUCGACCCUUUUUAUGUGGCUGGGAAAAUAGAGAUUUCUUCCGACGGAAAAAUAUUUUCUUCUGCCGGAAAUGCACUCAAAGUUUUCGAUCCGGCAACCGGGCAAGUGGAGCGCACCAUCCAGACUGACGAGCUGGAUCUCAUAACAGUCUUCACACUGAAUCCUGUUACACAAAACCUGUUCACGGCCAGCAAAAGCCUUCUGGUAAAAGAAUGGGAUGUGAAUCAGGGCAGCUGCAUAAAAACCUGGAAGGCAGUGCAUCGAGCGCCGGUAGUCUCCAUGUGCUUCGAUCCACUGGGACAAAUGCUGGCCACCGGUAGCGGUGAUUCAACAGUUAAAAUCUGGCAUUCCGCGUCCAAGUGCCACACGCACAGCUUCCGUGGAUCCCAGGGCGUGGUUAGCGUGCUGAAAUUUCAUCCUGACCAUUCGAAACAGCGGUUGUUUUCCGCUGCAGAUGCCGAUUACAUUAUACGUGUCUGGAAUUUAAACCCAUCCAAACAGUUGGCAGAACUAAAGGGACACUUCAGUGCAGUCACUGACAUCCAGAUAGCAGCUGGAAUGGAUCAGCUUAUCAGUGCCGGGCGUGAUAAAGUGCUGAUCGUAUGGGAUCUUCGCAAAUUUCUACAGAUUAAAACUUUACCCGUUUUUGAGGAAAUUGAAAAUUUUAUAAUUUUGCCGUCACAAAACUACCCAGAAUUCGGUGCUGACAAUGGUGCAUUGAAUAUUUUGUGUGGCGGAUCUAGAGGUUACCUUUCGGUGUGGGAUAUUUCGAACAGUCGAUUAAUUUUUCCAAGUGACCGUUCCGUUCCCCGCCAAACGAUUGAAGAAUCCAAUCGCAUACAGCAAAUCUGCUUAUCCGAUGGUUUGGACAAACUCUUUGUCGUGCUAGUCGAUCAGAGCAUUCUAGUUUAUGAUUUUCCUGCGUUAACCGUUGAAGUACAGUUUUCCGGGUUUAAUGACAAAAUCUACGAUAUAAAGUUUUUGGACAACGAAAAUUUUGCGGUUGUUGCCACAAAUUCUCAACGGCUGAAAGUUUAUGAAUUAUGCACCACGCACUGUGUAUUUGGAGAGGGACAUACGGAUAUGGUUUUGUGUGUUGCGGUCGUGCCGGAAAGUGGACUGAUCAUCAGUGGCUCUAAGGAUAACAACAUUCGGAUAUGGACUUUCGAUGCAAAGAAAAAGAAAAUAAAAUGUGUCGCCGUCGCUACUGGACAUACCAGCUCCGUAGGAGCAUUGGUCGCUUCGAGAUCUAGUAGUCGCCCCUUCUUCAUCUCUGGCAGUGAAGAUUCCACGAUCAAAAUGUGGCAUUUACGGGUAGAAAAAGAGGGAAAGCGAUCAGCAUGUUCCGCCGAAGCGGUACAUACCGAAGUGGCACAUGAAAAUGGAAUAAAUUCUUUGGCCAUAUCUCCCGAUGCGAAAUGGGUAGCCAGUGCGGCGAGUGAUAAAACCGCAAAAGUCUGGAAGAAAGAACCGUUCCAGCUGAAAGGUGUCCUCAGAGGACAUCGUCGACCGGUUUGGUGUGUACUUUUCGCACCUCACGAUCAGAUUAUAGGAACAAGUUCCGGGGACGGUUCCAUACGAUUAUGGGCGUUGUCCAGCUUGACAUGUGUGAAGACAUUUGAGGGUCACGAUUGUUCGGUUAUGAAGUUUAUUUUUCUCUCUCGUGGUCUGCAGAUCCUCUCAUCCGGAUCGGAUGGACUUCUGAAGUUGUGGGAUGUCAGAAAAAAUACUUGUGUAAAAACGUUUGAUGAACAUGAAAACAAAGUCUGGACAAUGUGUGUGUCAGACAGUGAACACCGCAUUCUGACAGGAGCAGAAGAUUCAGUUUUUUUAAUGUGGUCUGAUAUUACGGAACAAGAGCACGAGGAAGAGCGGAAAAAACUGGAUACUUUUAUACUUCAAGAGCAAGAGCUGACGAAUCUCCUUGAUAUGAACGAAUAUGGGAAAGCCUUUAAGCUGGCGUUAAAUCUGGAUCAACCUAACCGGCUUUUAAAAAUCAUUACCGAGAUACUGGAAAAAGCGCACCACAACGAAGAUCUUCACAGCAUUAUCCGUGCACUGGAGCACAACCAAAUAGAAAAGCUGCUUAUGUAUAUCAUGGCGUGGAAUACCAAUAGCAAACACACCUUUGCUGCACAGACGACUCUGGCUUGUAUUUUCAGUAGUGUACAUCCAAAAGACCUUCUAAAAUUUUCCAAGAUCAAAACCAUUGUGGAAGGCCUGCUUCCUUACACUGAGAGACAUGCAUCGCGUUUGGACCAGCUUAAUGUUAACGCUUUGUUUUUCAAGUAUGUGUGGAAUAACGUUAAGGAGUUAAGCGAAGUGUGAUGGCGCAGACUAGUUAUUUGAUGAUUUGUUUCAUUUGUCACUUGCUGGAUAUUGGAACUAUAAUUUGGAACUAUUGGAACUACAUAUAAUGAUGGCUGGGUGAUUGUUUCAGUUGUGGAUUCCCUUUUUAAAUUUUAAAUAAAUGUUUAUCGUAAGUUUCGCGGCCUGAUAUACAGUAUUCAGCACUUCACAAUCUGCGGUUUUGUCUUCCGCAUUAUUGCUUUAAGUUUCAGUUUUCUCCCUGGUCAGCUUAAUUUAU